AUUUUUUUUAUAAAAUACGAAAAAUCUGUAUUUCGUUAGUUAAAUGAGAAAAAAACAUCGAGUGGUUUUUUGUAUCGACAAUUUGAAAAAUUAUUGCAAAAACUAGACUCCAUAAAGUUAAUGAAAUUUGCAUAAUUCAUACAUAAAUUUAUUAUUUUUGAACCCUGACAUUUUCACAGACCCUCCUACAUGAUUGAAAUUUCUAAAGUGAUAUGGGCAAAAUUUAUGAAAUGGUGGAAAGCAAAGAAGUUGGUGGUUCAGGAGAAAUCGUAUUACUUUCAAAAACAGGUGGUCGUUAUGGAGUUGACAAAAUGCUGUUCCAGCAGGUGAGUGCUUAUUAUCAGGCUCUCAUCAGCAGUGGAAUGAAAGAUUCACAUUUCCAAGAACUUUCACUUGAGUAUUUGUCUGACAAUUGCUUGCUCGAAGUUAGGGAGUACUUGUCAAAAUUGCAAACCGAUGAAUAUGAAAGAAGUUACCAGUUCAGCAUGAAGCUGUUGAAUGAAGUUGAGUAUGGUUUGGAAGGUGCAACUUAUUUGCAGAUUAGUCGCAUGACUGAUGAGUACCUUUUAUUGCUGAUGGGACAUUUGAAAGAUAGCACAUGGGUACAUAUUUUAGAUUUUGUCACCAAGCUCUCGCUGAAUUCUGGAAUUGAAAAAGUUUUGCAUUUCGUUUGUGAAAAUUUUGACAGUCUCAAGGACCAGCCUGACAUUUUAGCAUUAUCAGCAGAUGAACUGUUUUAUUUAGUUAGAUCCGAGCUUGUCGAUGCGAACAGUGAAUUUGAUGUAUUCAGUUUCGCCAUCAGAUGGAUCUCAGCUGAUCAUUCAAGGAGGGUCCACGCAGACAAGUUACUAGCUGAAAUAAAUUACCGUUUAAUGACAGCAGUUGAAAAAGAAAAAGUUGAUGAAGUGGCUAAGCAGCUUAAUUUGAAUGUUUGUCAGACUGAAUGCAGUGUAAAGUUUCGUCGUACGAUUCCUGUUGUGUUAGCCCUUGCGAGAAGUUCUUACAAAGGGUUUCAUGAUUAUCAUUUUCAAGCACUGCCUGUUGAUGAUCUUGAAAACAUUUUCAGAAUUCCUCCUCCAGAAAUUUUCACAAUCUAUGAAACAUCACCUGUCAUCAAAUUUAAAUGCAUUGAGAAGCAGGAACUGACUAAUAUUCGGGGGUUUGGACAUGGAGUCUGUGAGCUCGAUAACUGUUUGUAUGUUGCUGGCGGGCAAGUAGACGAGUCCGUUGUCUCUGAUGAACUUUAUGUUUUCAAUGUCUUUCAUUCCACCUGGUCGAAAUGCUCUAAAAUGAAUUUUCCGAGAAGUUUGUUCUAUUUUGGUCAAAUGAAUGGACAUUUGUAUGCAGUUGCUGGUAGCAUAGAACCCAAAAAAGAUACCAGGACGGUUGAAAAGUACAUUCCUAAGGAAGAUAGAUGGUGCAUGUUGGCACCUCUCUUCGUGUCUCUGCAUGAGAUGUCUGGUUGUGUGGAUGGUAGCAAAUUGUAUGUUAGUGGAGGAUCAGAGAGCUUCACGGAAUAUCAAUUUAUGCUUUCUAACGGAAUGAAAUCAGUGUGGCAGUAUGAUGCCGAAAAUGAUAGGUGGCAGUCAUUGGCUCCAUUGCUGGUUGGGCGUAGGGGUCACAGCAUGAGGUGCAUUGGAAACAAACUGCUUGUCAUUGGUGGAGCGAAACCUAUCACGAACCACAUAUACCGGGAUAUGAUGGAUGGAGAGGUGUAUGAUUUUGAAACAAUGCAAUGGACGUCUAUCUUGAAGUUGAAGAUGCCCGCCUGUUGUUCUCCAUUGGUCCUCAUCGACAAAUGUCUCUACCUUAUUGGUGGACAUUCAUUUCAGUAUGGAGAUGACAACACUUUCAUCCAGUUAAUCAACUUCUCCAAGCAUUUGAAGGGAUGUACAGACUCUGAGUCAGCGCCUGACAACCCUCCCAAUGACGAUAACCACCUAGCCAUUGGUGAUUCAACCAGUAAACUUAAUAAAUCUAAUAGCGCUAGUGCCGAUGAGUUUAAUAUUUACGAAUACGGAAACGGAAGGAAAUUUUUUCCUGUUGUACAUAUUGUUAGAUUGGCAAGAAGGCACUUUAAACAAUUUGUUGAUGUAGUAAUGUAAUCGGACUGUUGAUAAUUUUUGUUAUUUGUAGCAUUCCAAUGUAUCUCAAUGUCGUACAGGACUUUUUGCAAAUAUUUUGUAUGUCAGCGUUUACAGUUAGGGAGGAAUUUUUGUAAAUAUCUUGUAAAUAAAAAAUUUUAUGCAAAAAAAGAAAAAUUACAACUCUUACAACU